CGUCAAUCAGCUGAUUAUGAAUUCUUUUAGGAAAUAAUCAGCUGAUCGGCGAGAUGGUUCCCCGGGGAGACGCCUUAUCUGCAGCAAGUUGAAUCUGAGACCUUGUGAUAAGCUGUAAUUGAUUAAUAAGAUUUGUGUCAUCCUAAUUGGUUGUAUCAACAAUGCCGCUACAAAGCUUUGUGAAGGUGCUGGAAAGUUAUCGGGGCAGAGAGAAGACCAUGCGGACUCUCCAGUAUGGCCUUCUGCUUAUCAGUCCUCUUGCAUCAGAAAGGGUUGGGGAAUCAUUCAAGAUCCUCAGUUCUCAGCUGGGAAUGACAAGAGUAGUGCUAAGACUCUUUGAUGAUCUCCCAAUGCUGCAGUAUAGUUUAUCAACAGGCACUGGUCAUAAGGAUGAAGAUGUAAUAGUAAGGACUUUAAGGGUCUUGAACAAUGUUGUUGACCAAAUUUACUACCCGGUGGAGCAUUUUGCCUGGGCGAGAGACAUGAAAAUGGUUAGAGGAAACUCAGCAGCUCUUUGGAAUGCAUCUUUAGUUUUAUGGGGACUUUCACUUUUACUAACAAUAAUAAGGUCUCUCAGACAAGUAUCUCUUAUAAGACAGCAGAGAAAAGGAGCUAACAGGGACAGGAUAGAAAAAUUGAAUGUGCAGCAUGAUGAGGAGCUGCUAACGGUAAUCAUGCAGGCCUCUGACCUUUUGAAUGCCCUCAAUUGGAUGCCCAAACGACCUUGGGCUAAUCCUUUCCCAGCGUGGCAGGUAAGGACACACAACUGGAGGCCUUGGUACUUGCCUUUCCCACAGUGGCAGGUUGGCUUGCUUGGUCUGAUAUCAUCCCUUAUUGGGUUCAGGAAAAUGAUGUCAUCUCAGUGAGUUUUUAGAAUAAGAAGAUAUUGGUAUCAUCAGUGUCAUACAUCCCUUUUUCAAGUUUUAUGUAUCUUGUUCAAUACAACAUCUUAUUUUU